GCGAGGAGCCACGAUUGGCUUACAACCGCGUGGCCAUGACGAGCUACUUCCAGCAUCGCUCCGCGGACGAGCUGUCCAUGUGCAGCCCGGAGUGGCUGCGGGAGAAGAACGUGUCGGUGAUCUUGGCGCGCGCCACACACAUCGACCGUCUUCGGAAGCGGUUGGCCUAUGUGGGUGCCUCCGCCUCCGGGGAGCUGGAGUACGAUGA